UAUGUCUAUGAAAUGAUUGACUGGUCCAUUAAAUGUCCUGUCACUGAUUUAGAUCCACCAGGAAGGUAAGAAAAUGAGAACAAACAAAUUUCUGGAGGAACAUUUGACAUCGGUGUACAGAAAGUUGACAAAAUGUUAUGUAUAGAGACAACUGACAUGGCUUCCGUUAUGACCGAACUCCUUUACAGCAGACAAGGCAGCGGCUAUCCAGAGAGCCUGGUUGCCUUGGAAACACAUCAUACAUGUAUUAGAAAAAACUACAAAAAACUAAAAGAGGAAAUGGAACCAAAUGAAAUUCUUGAUUAUCUUGUUCAGUUUGAAAUUCUUGACACGGAUGAAAACACCCACCUUCUGAAAGAAUGCCGAGCAAGGAAGUGUGAUUUCAUUUUACGUAAAUUGAUAAAGAAUCCAGAUCUAGAGAAAUUUGCCAAGAUGAUGAAACACAUAACCAUGGCUCGUGAUUGCUGCAGUUUUCGGCACCUGUUAUGUUCAGCUGCAUAUGCACUCGAAAGUUCAAAUGAUGGCUUAGAUUCCUCAAACACACGUCUACUAUACAAUCUGAAGCAGAAUGGGAAACAUCGAGAAAAGUUAUUGAAAGAAAUUAGUAAACGCAUUAAUGUUGUGAGUUCUAACAGCAUUUUGGACGAUUUUCUCCAAGAGGAUCUUAUUUCUGUAGACGAGCAUGAGGAAAUAUCACGAAUUACAAACAAAGAAGAAGCGGCGAAAAACAUUCUGAAAUAUAGUGAGAAAAACAGACCCGGGUCCUUUUCAAGAAAACUGCUCUCCAUUCUGAAAUCUUAUGAAUUAGAUGAUCUUGUUGAGAGCCUUCAGCAAGAUGUACCGCCGGAGGGCGAUACUGCAGACAAUGAAAGACCACUAACAGUUGAAAUGGUGAACGGAAGGAUGUUCCUCUCUAUCGACGCUUCCAGCUCUACUGUUGAAUCAGUGGAAUUGAGAAUCACACAUGUUGGCGGAAGUGAAAGUGUAUACAGAGCUAUGAAACAAGGAAUUUCAGAAUCAGAAGAAAGGAUUGUCCAAGGAACACACUCAACCAUUGAUCGAUUGUCUGAGGGGUCCAUUACAAUCUGGCUACACACAGAAUCCAGCGACGCAAAGGAAAAAUUGAGACAUUUCAUAGAAAGUGGAGAUAUUUCCACAUUCUUAGAAAGUUUGUUCAAGACGAAGGGCGUUCGGAAACUUUUGACAAAGGAUAAAUACAAGAUAGAGAUUGAAAUCAAAGUUAAGAAUGCUACUGAAGGUUCCAAGCCAACUGCAUUUCAACCAAAGAAAGAGUCUGACACGAGGCACAAAGCCCGUUUGGACCGAUGUGAAAGCUUUUUAUUGGAAGAGCUAGAGCCCGGAUGUUGGGUACAGGACACGGUGGUGGGACAUAUCUUUAGUCCUGUAAAGGCGGACAUAGAAAACAGGAAAACCAGGACGGACAAAGUAAAGUUGUUGUUGGAACAUCUAAAAAAGGAGUCUGAGGACACGAUUAAACUUGUGUUAGACAGAUUGAAAGAGAAAAACAGAUAUGUCUAUGAUAAACUGUUUCCAAACGUGGAAAAAUUCCAAGAUUUAGACAUCGAACAAAUCAAGAGCAAUAUCCUGGACAAUUUGCCGGAGAUAUUAGAUGUGAUGAGUGUCGCAGCCCUUCAGACCCCUUUCGUGAGUGCUGGGAUCAUGUCUUACGAGGAGCUCGACUCGCUACACAUGAGCAGCGAGAGUGUUCGAACAGAAAACUUACAUUUUGUUCGGAUGGUUUUACAUAGAGGAGAUGAAGCCGUCAGGAUUUUUCUUGUCGCCCUUGAAAACUCAAUUGGAAUGGACAUUAAAAGACUUUUAAAUAAAAUGGACACACUCCAAGUUAGCAAAGAUGAAAGAAGGAACGCAAAAAUUGAAUAUGAAGCUUUUAAUGAAGAAAAUGGAUUAUUGUUCCAAGGAAACUUUUUGCUGGAGCUUAUGUCUAAAGGCAAAAGCGAAAAUAUGAAUAAAGAGUGUCUGUAUGUCAGAGAGGAAGAACCGCAGCAACACUUCGAACAUCCGGGUCUUGAACAGCCGGGCAGUCAGUCCGAGGAAUCCACCUCCUCAGACAGUGAUUCUAGUGGCAAUAUGCAGAGAGAUGUAUCGAGCAAGGAGUCACUGAUUAGAGAAUUGGAAUUCGACACAUCAAGUAUACUUUCGAAACUGACGAGAAAACUAGGAAAAGUAGAAUACGUCGUUGAUAUACGAUGCAUAUUAUCAACGCGAGAUGUUAGCAAAAGUGCACGAAUGGAGAGAGUAAAGUCGAAAUAUCCUAAAAAGUACGGUGCAAUCAAAGAGGAGGUUUUAAAACUAAACACUGUUUUAACCAAACUGCAAAGUCUGACAGGUCGCAUCUUCAAGGAUAAGGUUGGGUUUCUUACCAAUUGGAAUGAUGAUGAUGAUAUGGAUAAUGAUGGUGAUGAUGAUGAUGAUGAUGAUGAUAUGGAUAAUGAUGGUGAUGAUGAUAUCGAGCAGCAACUUAAAGAAGAUUUGUCAGAGACUCUAUCUUUGUCCGAAACAACUCGUUUUAAAAGUCAAAUGUCAGCUUUGGUGGUUAAAUCGACGGAUGAGGCAGGUCACAUCUUCAAGGAUAAGGUUGGGUUUCUUACCAAUUGGAAUGAUGAUGAUAAGGAUGAUUAUGGGGGUGGUGAUGAUGAUGGCGAGGAUGAUAAUGAGUCGCUUCUUAUAGAGGAUUGGUCCGAGACUCUAACUUCGCCGGAAACAACUCUUCGUUUUCAGAGACAACUGUCAGCUUUGGUGAUUAAAUCGACAGACGAGGACAGUACCAUGGACAGCGAUGAGGAUGUACUGGAGGAUCUAAAUGUUCUCAGUCGAAAAUCUUCCAAAUACCAGAGCAUCUUAGUGGGAAAGUUACAUGAGCUUGAGACUGUGCAAAAUGUGAUGAAUAUUUUCAGAGUCAUAUCGGAAGAAGAGAUGCAAUUGAUGGCUGUUAAGAACAUUCUGAACGAAGAACAGUAUAAAAGGCUAGAAAAAUACAUUAUCAAGCUUCAAGUCAUCAGCAACAAAAUAGAAGAAGCCACAGGGUUGGCAAAAGUGGCGUAAUAAAUGAACUUGAGUGUCUUUGUAUGAAUGCAGCGGACGCAUGUGAAUUGACUCCUUUCAAAAAAGUCAAAGUAUAAGUUUACUUUAUAAAGUAACUGUAUGCUUUAAGCAAUGAAAUACAGCAAAACACAUUUCAUGACACAAUUAGAACAAAGAACCUGCAGCUUAAUAUCCAUUUAUGUUAUGGAGUAAAAAAGAUAAUUAAUGGAACAGCCACCGCCAAAAACCCGGAGGCGACAUUGUAGGAACAGCCAUUAGGAUUAUCGUGAAGCCAAGGGUCUGUCUCGUUAUUGCAAUUUUCCGAGUAGCAAAACUUGAAACAGUCGUUGUUUGGAUUGGAGUAUAUGCAUUCGCCCGUAACUAAGGGAGGUUCACAACCUCGCAAGACAGAGUUGAUCUUUCCAGUUU